CUCUGUGCAAUAAAUAUUUUGAAGAUCAACAUACGAGGCAGGUGGGACCAAAAUGAACAAAGUGAGUUUAUUACCUCCAUCUGUCGCUGCUUCAAGUUCAAACCUGUAGGCCCGGGUUUUGCCUACAGCUCGAGCCACAUUACGCAACGGGUACUGACGGUGUCUUCAUCCAAGACAAGGAAAAUAAACUUCAGCGGCAGGGGCAGUCGAUGGGUAGCGAGACGAGAAAAUAAUCAUGAUAGCGGUAGCGAGGGGGUUAUCGUUAUGCCAACCGCGGUUUUGCCACUUUCUCAGUUGGGAGUGUGGCUCCUGUUCUGGCGAGCGAUUGAAGCCCAGCACUACAGUCCGCUAGUUCGGGUGCCAUACACGCUGAGACGAAAGCGGUGGAAUCAGGUCUUGCAAAACAAAGGAAAUGACAUCCAGCAUCCCAGUGUCAAUGUCCGAGGGGAUGAACAGAUUGGAAAGAAUGUUGACUUUUGUGCGCAGCUGGGCGACGAGAAGCUGGCAAGGCUUUUCCGAGAAAACCCCAGCUACCACCGCGAGGUGGCUCCGCUGGCCCUUGUCUUUGGACAUACACUUCCCCUCACUCUCAUCAACACGACCACCUCAGACUGGUCGUUGCAGCAACCAACUGCAGGCGCAACCAGCGACGAGAAUAAGAAAGCGGUCGCGACAGAUGCAAAUGGGACCACCCCAGCUGGGAACAACCAUCUAGCCGGCACACGUAUAGUAGGAGAUGCAGCGUCAACAGAGGAGCGUCCUGCUGUGCAGAACGAAAGUGAAAGAACGCCACAAACUACGAUGCCGACCUCCCCGGAAGAAAAACUAGACAAGCAAAUCGCGAGCGUGCAGCUCGCGCUUCGCUACGCCUAUGAGUCGUUACGGUUUGAGGACGGUUUCGCGCUGUUCGGCGUCGCCUGCGGUGUGGUGGAGAUCUUUUUCCCCUGUUCUACCGAUUCUCGGAUGCUGGCCGGUGCGCGGUCCGCGUCCGCAGCGAAGACGGCAAAGUUUGUUCGCCUUGUGGACGAGUUAGCCGAAGUUUGCGAGCACGCGAUGCGAACCCGGUUCGUGCAUCACGCCGACGCGGAGUGUCGCGACGCGUAUCCACUGGGCGGCGAGGUACCGGACGAGAGCUCUCGGUUCGGGCCUCGCGCCGGACUCUUUGUUCGUCCGCAAUUGAAGCAGCUGUUCGUGCGAUACCGGCAGAACGUCACCAAAUCGUUGCGCGCGUUCGCCGUUCAGCAGGACCACGGGCUUUGGGACGAAAGAGGCCAGAGUUUGUCCGCCGGCGAGGAAAGAAGCUCAAGCCCGUCAAUUUUUGCCACCAUGUUCAUGCAGGUGGUGGGCCGGUUUUUCCCCAACGACCCAGCCACCGCGUCCUCCUCUCCGAUCUUGAUUGGUGGACAGGUGCUGUGGCCCACCACGCAGCUCGACGACGCAGAUGAUCUCGCUUGGUGGCGGGCAAUGACCAAACUGCAUGCGUACUCCUGCUCGGUUUACUACGCACUGCUGAUGCAAAGUGCGUUCCUUCGAGAUAAUCUUCUGUCCAGCCCAGCACGAAACACGCUGCACGCCAUUCGCAACCACACAAUAGUACAACCAGGGGUAGCUGCUGCGCAAAUAACGGAGGAGCUUGUUGAACCGGUUGUAGGCAUUGCCACCAAACAAAAGCACGGGUCGCACAGCAUUGGGGAACGCUGGUGGGAUCCCGCUGAUGGAGGAAGUACUCUGCGACGGACUAUGGGGCCACCUAGAAGUGGUUCUGCCGAUGAACAUCUACUUGCAGCUGAAGCUAGGGAGAGCACAAAAAUGGCGGGAGCGGGAUCACGAUCCGUCGCGGUCGUUCCGCGUCUGGAUGAGUGGGACGUUGUGACCGGUCACGCGCCAAAGCAUAGCCGGCGAGGCACCGCACAGGAACAAGUUUCGCAGUGUACGUACGGACUGGUGCGGUGGUGGCACGUCACGCAGUGGGCCGACCGGAAGGGGACCGGAGAGGAGGACUUCCGGGCUCUACUGGCGCACUCGGGCGACAUCGUGACGACGCGCCGUGUGGCAGGGCACCCCGACAUACAGGAGAUCCUUUCGUUGGUGUUUCGUAGUGUACCGAUUGUGCCACUUCUAUUCCGCUUGCAAUCAGGAUUGUGUGCUUCCUGGCAGGCGGAAAAGACGUCAGCGUCGUUGGCCGAACGGAAAGAAGAAAUCGCAAAGGAGCUGGUUCUUUCGGUGGCGACUAGUGAGCGUCUCGUGACAGAAGCAGAACUUGUGGGUACGCAGGAACGACGACUGGGGGCACGGUCUUCACCUCUGGCUCACGCGGCCAACGUCAAGAAGGACGCGCUCCAGGAGCACCCAGGCCAGGAAGGUAAAUCUCAAUCUGAGUCGCAGCGCAGACCGAAAGUUCGCUUGCUGAUGGUUGUUUGGCGUUCACCCAACGUUUUGCGGUACUUGCGGAACAUACAGUUAUGGCAGUGUUACGCGAAUGUGCAGGGCUACGAGUUUGUUGUGCAGGCUGGGCCGCCGGAUUUUUUGCAGACACCGGAGACGGAAAAGUUUCUUUUCUACUCGAACCUCACAGCGUGGGUCGACCCAGAAAUUUGGUCAUCAUCAUCUGCAGAUAUGAAUCAUACCCAGCGAUUUGCAGUGAUGCGGCAGCGUCUUUUUUCACAGGACAAGAAACGACGCACGACAGCUGAUGGUGCAAGCGAUUCCGGCGGUGGUAUUCGGGAAGCGCACACAGUCAGCCGCUUGCCAGCCGUUCCAGAGGGUCCCGGAGGUGCAGAAACGCCGAUUCAGCGACGUCGACGGCCAGUGUCUUACAUGUUCCCUGACGAGACUUCAGCUCCACAGGGCGCAAACCGAAAGAAGACACCCCCGGACGACGUCGCGGCUUCAGCGACUCGGUUCUCGCAGUCGCACAAGCGCUGGGAGUCACGGGACCGCGGCGGGGAAGAGUUGGCGAAACAGCCCUGGUUCCGGCUUCGGUGGUGGCGGAUGCGGCAACACCUAUUGCAGAUGAAAGCCGACGCGGCGCGUAGACCGGACGAGGAGGAGCAAAUCUUGAUCACGGUGGACGUGGAUACGUUGCCGAACCCUUCCUGUUUCGCGGACGUCGCGCUGCACCGGCUGGUGGACCGCCACCCCAUCGCAAUCAAGGACACCCCGCCCUUUUCGGAGGUAAACACGGGUGGUCUGAUGGUCACCCGCAACAGCGUGUGGAGCCGGCUGUACCUGGAGGAGCUCUGUGAAACAUUGCAGCAGUCGUACUUCACGCCGGCGCAGCACCCGGACAUGCUUAUGAGCACGGAGGCCAUUUUGCACGUGCUGCGCGUCGAAGUGCUGGCCAAGCUGGACCAGCUGCUGUCACUCUUGCAAAAGGAGCAAGAAGGAGAGGCUACGCCAUCCGCCGGUGUCGAAAGACGUACUACUACCACACUGGUCCUUGACCGCACCCAGGAUCACGCGAACUCGUCCGGAACAUCAAAACAAGAUCCAGCAACUUUGAUGACGUGGAAGGCGGCGAGUAGCAGAGUCUUACUCUCCCUGGAAGAGGUUGACGCCUUGAAGGCCAACUCUGGAAACAUCAUUCGCAGACUGGACCUCUCGCACUGUUGGCGCAGCUACAACACGGCGCUGCGCUCCCAGGUGAAUGCGGCGAAGUGCUGGAACGAGCAAGUGGACGGGUUGCUGCGCAUUCUGAAAUUGCUCCCGCACUUCUCGGUUGUAACCGCAGUCCGUAUGAAGUCGUUCCAGGACACGCUGCAGGAAAGGAAAAAGGUGGUUAGGUCUCUCAAGGCACUGAUCUAUGGUCCGCGCUUCCACACGGUGGGCUCUAUAAAGUACGAGCUGGAAGAGGACUACCAACGCGAGCUGAGGCUCGGGUUGACGCACUUGUCGCCACGAACGCGGGCCACGGUGAUGGGGCACUCGUUCCCGAAGUCAGUAUCCGCUGCUAGUACUACCUCCACUUUCAUAUCUACAACCACAACAACGGCGCCUUUAGUCGACGACUCCGCAUCGUCUUUUGCGCCGUCGUCCCCUGCUCUAUUGGGUGCGACGGAGGGCGGAAACCUCGGUGAAAGACUCUCGCCGUACUCCCCCGAAGAAACCCGCGACCGAGCUGUGCUGAGUUGGGAGCCCGAGAAGCGCCGAGCCUUUCUCGCAGAGUCGACGUACCGCUUUCAGCACUGGCUGUACGAGUCUGUGGAGGUGGGGAUCGCCAGCUUCCGCCAGAAAAGCCUGUCCGAGGUUGUUCACUUCGUCGACCCCCGGAAGCUGGAGAUGAACUUUCGCCCGACCCAGUUUCUUUACGCACCCCAUGACGUGCUGGACAACCUGAAAAACAGUGGCGUCUCACAUCCGGGACGGAUCGCCGAGGUACACGAGGGCUUUACUCCGAUGGUGGCGCAUUGGGCCGGGUUGCGCUGGGACGAGAAGCAGAUCAGCAUGUACUGGUAUUUGAGAAGGUUCAACGGAACGCUCGAUUUGCAAGCUGCCCAUGAUGCCGGAAGUAAAGGGCGGAAUGUUAACGAUAAGCAAGGAAAUAAACCUGUUGUCCACUACCCUUGGUACGACUACAACAAUGCUUCCUGGUCGGACAGAAAGUCAUUCGAAAACCUGGUUCGCACCGCAAACGCGAGUAUGGAUAAUCUCGCGGACCUGCUUUAUAGAGAGUACCACGGCCCGGAAGUGUGUGCCUGGGCGCAAAAUUUGGACGCAACCUGCCAACCCAGUACGGCGUACCACCGGUUGCUCAUGUGCCGGGGCGCUGGCGAGUGGCUGUGCGGGUGACCUUGUCACGCGGGUAAACUGCAGGUCUUACUUCUAAUUUCUGACUUCUUGCAUGUCUGCGAUCUUGGCCACCGGGGGGGAUCAUUGGAUUACAUUCAUAGCUGCACUCAAGUUCUUGCGACGUUCGCCACUGUCUAAUAAGUACCUUGUCGCUAC